GCGUCGCGUCGCGUCGCUUGUAGGGGGUAGAUGGGUGUAGUGGGUGUGUUCAUUCCCUGCAUUCAGUGCGACGUUUCUCACAAUCUCACUAACAGUUUAAGAUGGCGACCGUGCAUCUCAGGAUCGGGGAUCUGGUUUGGGGUAAGCUUGGACGCUAUCCACCUUGGCCAGGAAAGAUCGUCAGUCCUCCGAAGGAUCUGAAAAAGCCAAGAGGCAAAAAAUGUUUCUUUGUCAAGUUUUUUGGAACUGAAGAUCAUGCCUGGAUUAAGGUAGAGCAGCUGAAGCCGUACCACCCCCAUAAAGAGGAGAUGAUCAAGAUAAACAAAGGCAAGCGCUUCCAACAGGCUGUUGAUGCAGUUGAGGAGUACCUAAAGAAGGCCAAGGGAAAAGAUCAGACACACUCUGAUGACAAAAGCAAGUCAGAUAAAGGCCGUAAAGCAGCUAAACCAAUGAAGAUCAUUGAAGAGGACGAUGAAGACGCCUUCAAGGGUGGCUCAUCGGACAAGGAACAGACUGAUUCUGACCCAGAGCCAUCCUCUGUACAACGGCUGGUCGCUGGAACAGUAUCAGGAUUCAAAUGGGAGAGCAGUCCAGUAAAGGAUGACCCACAUUUCCAUCACUUUCUGCUCAGCCAGUCUGAGAAGCCAGCUUCAUCAAUGGAGCCCAUCACCAAACGUUUAAAGAUAAUCGAGGAGGACACAAGAUCAACAUCUAUUCAAGCAGCAGACAGCACAGCCAUCAAUGGCAGCAUCACGCCUACAGACAAAAGGAUAGGGUUCCUUGGACUAGGGCUGAUGGGAAGUGGUGUGGUUUCUAAUUUGUUGAAGAUGGGGCAUGUUGUGACUGUUUGGAAUCGCACAGCAGAAAAGUGUGAUUUGUUCAUCCAAGAAGGUGCCAGAUUAGGACGAACGCCUGCAGAGGUUGUGUCCAUGUGCGAUAUCACAUUUUCCUGUGUAUCAGACCCUAAAGCUGCCAGAGAUCUUGUGUUAGGUCCUAGUGGAGUCCUACAGGGAAUCAGACCGGGCAAAUGUUACGUGGAGAUGUCGACUGUUGAUCCAGAAACCAUCACAGAGCUCUCACAGGUCAUCACGUCCAGAGGCGGCAGAUUCCUAGAAGCCCCGGUAUCGGGCAGCCAGCAGCUUUCCAAUGAUGGUAUGCUGGUCAUUGUUGCUGCAGGUGACCGCAGUGUUUAUGAAGAUUGUAGCAGCUGCUUCCAGGCAAUGGGGAAGACGUCUUUCUUCAUAGCAGGGGAAGCAGGAAAUGCCGCAAGAAUGAUGUUGAUCCUUAACAUGGUUCAAGGCAGUUUCAUGGCAACCAUCGCAGAGGGAUUGACCUUGGCGCAGGCCACGGGACAGUCACAACAAACAUUCUUGGAUAUUCUUUGCCAAGGACAGAUGGCAAGCACAUUUGUGGACCAGAAAUGCCAGAAUAUCUUGCAAGGCAACUUCAAACCUGAUUACUACCUGAAACAUAUUCAGAAAGAUCUGAGAUUAGCCAUUUCAAUGGGAGAUUCGGUCAAUCAUCCAACACCAAUGGCAGCAGCUGCAAAUGAGGUGUACAAGAGAGCAAAAGCAUUGGACCAGUCGGACAAUGACAUGUCUGCAGUCUACAGAGCAUAUAUUCACUAAUUCUGUAGAUGUGCUCUACGUCCUGGACCACAAACCUCACCUACUUCUUUGUUACUCUCCCUCUGUCUUUCUCUCCUCUGCUGAUGAAUUUUGUUGGGCACCAGUGAUAUGUUUUCCCAUGUAUAAUGGGAUCUCUUUAGCAGCCUAAUCUGAGCGUUGCACUGACUGUAAUAUUGCUGCACGUAUGCUCAAAGGGAGGUUAUUAGACUCCCUGCGAAUGAUUAUUUUAUGAUAGACUGUGCAGUGUAUUAUAUCCGCAUUUCGUUAAGGCUACUGCAUACGAUGCAGUGUUGUUUGAAGAGGCUAGGGUUUUAUUUAUCAUUCAUAUCUUUACAAAUGAAUUCCCUCAUUGUAAUUUUCGAUGUUCAGAAAUCUGUAAAGUAUGAAUUUUUGAUCACAAACAGGCUUGAGGAGCACGACGAAGAUAAAAGCCACUGCAUUGCCUUAAUACCCAUAUAAGAUAGAUGUAUUUAUUUAUUUUAACUCUAAAGAACACCGUCAUGUCAGGUGCAAUUUGGCCGUACGUUUUAGUUUUUUUUUUUUUGUUUUUUUUUUUUUGAGGUCCCCUGUUCAGAAAUUAAUGUUUUUUGUUUUUAUUGCCUUAUCAGAAAUGCAGUAUUUUUUUUUUUUUUUUGGAAGUUGGUUGUGUGAGAGUAACUUGGAUCUUGAAAUGAUUUAUCAUUUACAAUGAAGUUAAUGCUGAAAGUUAUCCAAUAGGUUUUGAAUCAUUUCUGCAGUAGAACGUCUUGUUUUCCAGCUCUACUGCUUUAGGGUCAGAUUUGUAUCACAGCAUUAAAAUCUUUCAAUUGGACUGCAAAAAAGAAAAGAAUCAUUUUGACAUUUGAAGGUUUUUUUAUCAUUAUUAUUAUUAUUAUUAUUAUUGUAAUUUUGCUUUAUUUGAACAUUUUUAAAUUGGGCUUAUCUUAUUUUGUCCAAGUCAGUCAGCUGGCAGAUUGAUCUGUUGCCUUUUGAUUUUCUUUUGUCUCAUUUUUAAAAAAAAAAAGACUAAUUGACACAAUUUUUAUUUUAAUUUCAGUUAUGAAAAAUAUAAAACAGACUUUCAAGUUUUGCUGCAUUUUAUCCCUAAAUUAGGAUUGCAUUUGUUAAUUUUAAGUGAUAUUACAAGACAUAAAUUCAGUUGCGUAUAAUUUGGUUAUUUUGGUAUUUUGUUUAAAACUCAAAACAAGUACAGGGUGAUUCCUUUUCUAUAAAUUAUUCUGCCAAAAAAAAAGAAAAAAAAAAAAAGACUUUGAUUAUAGAUGAGAAUUUUGUGAUUACUAAGGACUCUGUAAGAUUAAGACGUUGUAUAUAUCCCCAUGAAUGGGUUGGGUUAUUUGAAUACAUGGAAUAACAUGCUUUCAGUUUGACUCUACUGAAUUUAUUAAUCAUGGUGUCUUAAUAUUGUAGGCUGUUCUUUUGUCUUAGCUAAUGGGUUUAUUUACUGUAAAUGGUUUGAUUUUUGUGGCUUAAACAGAGUUGGUAAUGACAUACUGACAACUUGAUUCCAGUUGUGCAAGGAAGGUAUUGGUGUUAUAAUCGGAGUUAUUUAUAAUUUCAUGUAAAUGUGAAAUUUCUUUUCUUUUUUGUUUGUGCGGUCAACUGAACCCUCUGAAUAAUAAACAAACCGAAAAUCCAA